UCGUGAGGUCGAAGACGGAUAGUCUACAAAGCGGCAGAUUCGCUCGGACGCGACAUGAGAACGAUGUUGAUCACACGGGAUUACAAAGGCCAAUUAAACAAGUUGAUACGAACCCCCAAAAUGUGACCCAGUAACAAAGGCGAAAACUGAGAGAGGGGGGGGGGGUCUGGGAAAGGAUCCCUGUUUUCCCGCUUUGUGUGUCGAAUGUGCCGACGGGCGCCCAAGACGACGGCGUUGUUGGAGCAAUGGCGGCCCCCUUUGUGAUUCGGCCCAACUGACCGAAUCGUUCGUUUCUCUCCGACUUUUUCUUUUUGGAUUUCUUUUCCGCACGCAAUGCAACGCCCGCGAGAGGACAUUGUUUCCUGAAACAACCGCGCGCUCGCCUCAAACGUCGUCUCCUGGGACCCGGGAACCACUCGGCGUCGAUGCGUGAGCCUCGGAAGGCUCGGUGCGAUGCGAUGGAAGGGAUGUAAACCCGAGCAGCGUCCGAGCCGGCCGCGGCCGCCGUUGGCGUGAUGGGACUGGACUUUGACGUCAAGACCUUCUGCCACAACCUGCGGGCCAGCAAGCCGCCUUACGAGUGUCCCGUGGAGAGCUGCCGCAAGGUCUACAAGAGCUACAGCGGCAUCGAGUACCACCUGUACCACUAUGACCACGACAACCCGCCGCCCGCGCAGGCCGCGCCCCACAAGAAGCGCAAGGGGCGGCCGCCUCGCGCGCCGCUCGCCGGCUCGCCGGAUCCGGACGAGGGCGGGCCGGAGCAAGGGGCGGGGCCGGGGCGCGGCGGCAGCUCGCCCCGCAGCCCCGGUCGCUCGGAGCCGUCGCGCUCCCCGGGCAGGGACGCCAUGACCUACGCCCAGGCGCAGCGCAUGGUGGAGCUGGAGAUCCAAGGCCGCGUUCACCGCAUCAGCAUCUUCGAGAACAUCGACGUGGUGUCGGAGGAGGACAGCGACGGCGAAGACGACCCGCCGUCCGUCCCGGGCGUCCACUCGGCGGGGGCGUGCAACGGGAGCGACGGCGGCGGCGAGGCGGGCGGCGCCGGCAACGAGCGGCCCGACGUCGCGUCCUCCAACGGGGGCAAAGCCACGCCCAAGUCUGGCAAGCACAAAAGCAAAGAAAAGAAGAAGGAGGGCUCGGCCUACCACCACGGCGCCCAGUCGGGCCCCGCCGUCAAGCUGCCGGAGGCCGUCUUCCGCGAACUGGACCAAGACAGGCCCGACGCGCCCCCGCGCCCGUCCUCUUACUACAGGUACAUGGACAAGUCGGUGGAGGAGCUGGACGAGGAGGUGGAGUACGACAUCGACGAGGAGGACUACAUCUGGCUGGACAUCAUGAACGACAAGCGGCGGAUGGACGGCGUCACGCCCAUUCCUCAGGAGGUCUUCGAGUACCUCAUGGACCGUCUGGAGAAGGAGUCCUACUUUGAAAGCCACAACAAGGCGGACCCGAGCACGCUGAUCGACGAGGACGCCGUCUGCUGCAUUUGCAACGACGGCGAGUGUCAGAACAGCAACGUGAUCCUCUUCUGCGACAUGUGCAACCUGGCCGUCCACCAGGAGUGCUACGGCGUGCCCUACAUCCCGGAGGGCCAGUGGCUGUGUCGCCGCUGCCUGCAGUCGCCCAGUCGGGCGGUGGACUGCGCCCUGUGCCCCAACAAGGGAGGAGCCUUCAAACAGACGGACGACGCGCGCUGGGCUCACGUGGUGUGCGCCCUCUGGAUCCCGGAGGUGUGCUUCGCCAACACCGUCUUCCUGGAGCCCAUCGACAGCAUCGAGCACAUCCCCCCCGCGCGCUGGAAGCUGACCUGCUACAUCUGCAAGCAGCGGGGCUCCGGCGCCUGCAUCCAGUGCCACAAAGCCAACUGCUACACCGCCUUCCACGUCACCUGCGCGCAGCAAGCCGGCCUCUACAUGAAAAUGGAGCCCGUCCGGGAGACGGGGGCCAACGGAACCUCCUUCAGCGUGCGCAAGACGGCCUACUGCGACAUCCACACGCCUCCGGGAUCGGCCCGGCCCGCCGGAGGGCCGGCCGGCGCCAGCGCCGGCUCCUCGCAGAGCGAAGGCGAACCGGAGGAGGACGACGAGCCCGCCGCGGGCCACGACGACGACUCCAGGGGCUGGAGCUCGGAGCGGGCCAAGCGGGCCAAGGCCAAGUCUCGGCUGAAGAUGAAGAGAGCCAGGAAGAUCUUGGCCGAGAGACGGGCGGCCGCCCCCGUGGUGUCCGUCCCCUGCAUACCCCCUCACAGGCUGAGCAAAAUCACCAGCAACUUAACGGUGCCCAGGAAGAGCCAGUUCAUGCAACGGCUUCACAGCUACUGGACCCUGAAGAGGCAAAGCCGCAACGGCGUCCCGCUGCUGCGGCGCCUUCAAACGCACCUGCAGUCCCAACGGCACCCGGAGCCCGUCCCGCCGCAGCCCUCGGCCCAACUUCCCGCGGUACGUGGCCGGCCGCUCCGCGUCGCCGUCUCUCGCCGACCGCGCGCCUCACCCCGUCCGCGUUUGAUCUCGCCGCCGCAGAGGGACGGCGAGGAGAAACAAACGCUUCUGAAGGAGCAACUCAAGGCGUGGCAGCGACUGCGACACGACCUGGAGAGGGCCCGGCUGCUCGUGGAACUCAUCCGCAAGAGAGAAAAACUCAAGAGGGAGACGAUUAAAAUGCAGCAGAUGGUGCUGGAGAUGCAACUGACUCCCCUCCUGGUGCUGCUGAGGAGCACGCUGGACCAGUUGCAGGAGAGGGACACCAACAACUUUUUCACUGAGCCCGUGCCUCUUGCGGAGGUGCCGGACUACCUGGACCAUAUUGACACUCCCAUGGACUUCCAGACCAUGUGGAACCGUCUGGAAAGCCACCGCUAUCUGACUUUUGAGGCCUUCGAGGGCGACUUUGGCCUCAUCGUCAACAACUGCCUCAAGUACAACGCCAAGGACACGGUGUUCUACCGGGCCGCCCUGCGCCUCCGGGAGAUGGGCGGAGUGGUCAUCAGGAGCGCCAGGCGCCAAGCGGACAGGAUCGGCUUCGACUACGAGACCGGCAUGCACCUGCCCCGGGAGGCCAGUCCUGACACCCGACGGGCGCUGGAGCGGGAGCGCCAGCGGGAGCGGGAACGAGAGCGAGAACGAGAGCGAGAACGAGACUGGCCGUUGUCGUCCAACGAAGACGAGCUCCUGGUGCCGGAGAACAGGCGGCGCUUGCCUCUGGAGGAGCAGCUGCUCUACGUGCAGGCGCGGCUGGAGGAGGCCAGCUCGGGGAAGCACAGCAUCGGCCAGUCCCGCCGAGCCAAAGCUCUGCGCAAGGAGCUCAGCAUCAUCAAGAGGAAACUGGCGCACCAGCGAGAAGGCGCCCCGGGCGGGGCCCGCGAUUCCCUCGGGGGAGGACCCGGCGCCGAUCGAGCUUCGCUCCCGCAUCGCCCGUCGUCGGCGGGCCGCCACGACGAAGGCGAAGAGAGCAGCAGUCAAGAGCUGGGCGGAAAGGAUCUGAGCGCGUCGUCGUCCGCCUUGGCUCCGGAGGUGGGUCGCCGGACGUCCGUUCUCUUCUCCAAGAAGAAUCCCAAAAUGGCCGGCCCUCCCAAGAGGCCCGGACGCCCCCCCAAAAACCGGGAUCCGGGCUACGUGGCGGCAGGGGUGGCCCCCAGCCCCAUCGGGCCCCCUCAGUUGCCCAUGCUGUCGCCGGGCAGGCAAAGGAAGCGUCCCCGCAGCCCCCGCACCAGCUCCACCUCCGACAGCGACAGCGACAAUGAGGAUCUGCUGCCAGGUCUGCCCAGCAACGGAUUCGAUGGGGGGAACCAGCCCGUGACGGAGAGCUUCCGCGUGUACCGAAACGACACGCGUCUGCCGCGCUCCAGCUCCGACUCCGAGUCCACCAGCAGCAGCAGCAGCAGCGCCGCCUCGGACCGGACCAGCACGACGCCGUCGAAGCAGGGCCGCGGAAAGGCGUCCUUCUCGCGCUCCGCCUUCCAGGAGGACAGCAGCGAGGAGACCUCCGGCACGGAAAACGAGUCGUACUCGGUCGGAGGCUCCCGGGGAGUUUCGCACCUGGUGCGCGGACGGGCGCGGGCGGGAUGCUGGAUGACGUCGGACGACUACGCGUCGUUGGAGGCGCUGGACUUGGUGUGGGCCAAGUGCCGAGGCUACCCUUCGUACCCCGCCUUGAUCAUCGACCCCAAAAUGCCCCGCGAGGGCGUGUUCCACCGCGGCGUCCCCAUCCCCGUGCCCCCGCUGGACGUCCUCAAACUCGGGGAGCAAAUGACCCAGGAAGCCCGCGAGCACCUCUUCCUGGUCCUCUUCUUCGACAACAAGAGAACCUGGCAGUGGCUGCCGCGCUCCAAGCUGGUGCCGCUGGGCGUGGACCAGGUGCUGGACAAGGAUAAGAUGCUGGAGGGCCGCAAGUCCAACAUCCGCAAGUCGGUGCAGGUGGCCUACCACCGGGCCAUGCAGCACCGCAGCAAAGUGCAAGGAGACCCCAGCAGCGAGACCAGCGACAGCGACUGAAAGCGCCGGCCGGCUUCUCACCGCAACUGCCCACGUCCUCUUGAAAUCUGCAAGCUGGCGCUCGCUCGCGCGCCUCGGAAACAGCCCGCCGCGGUCGUCCUCUUUUUCUUUUUUUUUUAUUUAAUCAGACAUGUAAUUAAAAGCACGUGCCGAAUUGUGUACAAAGAGGAGGCCAGAAAAGUGGCCGCGCGGCGCAGGCAAAAAGCCGCCUUCAACCAAGCACGUCCGCCUUCGGACACCAAACAAAGCAGAAAGUAAUUCCGCCUAAUUUAUUCAGCGCGCGGCUCUUGGCGAGCCCCUGCCGACACUCGGCCAUCUUUUUAAAACGUCACCUUCACAAUCAUGAUGUCACUAGUAAUCCCGACACUUCCCGUUUGGAAGCUUUUGUAAUGCCGCGCAGGUCGGCGACCCCAAGUGAGGCGGCAACGCCACGGCCUCACUGAUGCUUUGUCCCAAGAUGAGCGCUUUACAAGUUUUAUAUUCAUGCAGCUGGCAGAGGUUUUUAAUAAAAAAAAUGUUAAAAAACACACACAA